CCACCCCUCUGUCCAAGUAUACCACGUCCACCGCUACCCCUCUGUCAAAGUAUACCACGUCCACCACCACCCCUCUGUCCAAGUAUACCACGUCCACAUCCACCCGACUGUCCAAGUAUACCACAUCCACCUCCACCCCUCUGUCCAAGUAUACCACGUCCACCACCACCCCUCUGUCCAAGUAUACCACGUCCACCGCCACCCCUCUGUCAAAGUAUAUCACGUCCACCACCACCCCUCUGUCCAAGUAUACCAAGUCCACCGCCACCCCCCUCUGUAUUAAAAAUGUAUAAAACAUCAGUUUAAAAUGCAUACAUUUUUACAAAAUAUUUGGGAGGAAAUUGUCAAGGUCCUACCUUUUCCCAGAGGUUGUUUCUCCAUGUGCUGGCAUCCAUGUUGGAUUCCUGCAGAGCAUGGUGGGAAUCUUUUUAUGCCUUCUGGUCUCUG